ACUUUUGCUCCCGACUGUACAUACAUACCAGAUUCCACGACAGAACAUUAUCGAAAUAUGUAGCUGCGCUUUUACGACCGUCUCCAAAGGCUGUUGAAGGCCUUAUAUAAAUCAUUGUAUCAUCCGUGACUUUCAGGUACGUCCUUAGCCAAAAGGUUUGAAAACCAGAUAAUCUUUGCCCAUUGCAGCAGUGCAGCUGCAGUAAUCAUAGGCUUUAUUUCUAGAUUUAGAACGAAGCUGCUGCAUGUAUACAUUUCAUGUUAUUGAGGUGUCUCAUGUCGUGUGUGAAUAUCCAGCCAUUAAGGAUGUAUUUUUGUUUCAUUUACAGACAAUGCCAAAAUCAAAACGUACCCUACGGCGUCAUAUUUCUAAUGCAGUCAGAGAUAGUGUCAACUUAGUUACAGCGUCAACUUUUGACAAUGAGCUCUCCCUGCAAACAAACCCUGUCCUGUCAAACCCUGUCUUGUCAAACCCUCAGAGAGGUUAUCUGAAUGCUGCACUCUCCUCCGAGUCGGAGACGUGCUCUGAGCAGGAAUCGAGUGAAACAGGCGAUCCCUCUUCACAAGACCAACUGGGGUCCAUCUCGGAUGAUUCUUGCAUAUCCUUUGACUCUAGGGAACAGCAGUUUUCUGCUGACAUAAACCACAUCACUGAGGAACUGGUGCCAAGCACAUCUGUAUCAGUGAGUGCUACACAGAAGAAUAGUGUUGAGAGCUUCAAAACAAUGCUCCAGACAUGGGCUAUAAGACACAAUGUAACUCAUGAGUGCUUGACAGAUCUUUUGAAGGUUCAGCGCACACACCCUUGCUUUGCAGAGCUGCCAGGGUGCUCUAGAACCCUUCUUCAAACACCUAGAAUGUGUAUGGGCAUUGUGAACAUAGGUGGCGGCCAGUACUGUCAUUUUGGUCUCGCUACUCAACUUCAGCAAAGCCUUGAGAAUGUCCAACACUUUCCCGGAGUUCUGAAUUUGCACAUCAACAUUGAUGGACUUCCCUUGAGGAAAAGUACAAAAGAACAGUUUUGGCCAAUUCUUUGCCAGGUGGUUAACUGUGGACCAGGCAUACCAUUUCCAGUUGGUGUGUUCUAUGGGCAUUCAAAGGCUCUGAAAGCAAAUGAAUUCCUACAACCACUCGUAGAUGACUUAAACGCGGCACUUGACUCCGGCGUGACCAUUAGGGAUGUGACCGUCCAAGUGAAGCUUACAGCAUUAGUGUGUGAUGCUCCAGCUAGAGCCUACAUCCUACAUAUCAAAGGUCACUCGGGCUACUCAAGUUGCAGUAGGUGCACUACUGAGGGAGUCUCGCUUGGUAGGAUGUGCUUCCCCGAGUUAGACGCCCCUUUAAGAACAAAUGACAGUUUCAGGAGCCAUGUUGAUGAGGGUCAUCACACUGGUGUGAGCAUACUUGAGAAACUACCAAUUGACAUGGUAGCACAAGUCCCGCUUGACUACAUGCAUUUGGUGUGCAUUGGUGUCGUGCAUAAGCUGAUGAGGGUCUGGUUUAAAGGACCAAAAGCCUGUCGGAUGGGGUCAAAUGUAAAGGAUGAGCUCUCCACCAAAAGCGAAGCACUGCGGCAUUUUGUUCCAUCAGAUUUUAGUCGUCGGCCUCGAAGUUUUUGGGAUAUGGAGAUGUGGAAAGCAACGGAAUUCAGACUUCUUCUGCUGUACACUGGUCCUGUGAUCUUUCCAUCCACAGUUCGAUCAGACCUUCAGGCAAACUUUAUGAUUCUCCAUUGUGCCAUAACAAUCCUGGCUUCACCAAGGCUUUCAAAGGAGCUUGUUGAUUAUGCUGAAAAGCUUCUGCGUUACUUUGUGGAGACCUGCAAGUCACUGUUUGGAACCGAAUUUAUUUCAUACAAUGUUCAUGGGCUCUUGCACUUGGCAAAUGAUGUCAGGGCACACGGUCAUUUGGACAGGUGGAGUGCCUUUGCAUUUGAAAACUACAUGCAAAACUUCAAAAGGAGUUUGAGGAAACCAGAAAAGCCACUAGAACAACUCUGCAACAGUUGCGCACUGGUAGAUGUCUUAAAAUGCAACAUUUCAUCUUUCUCAGAGAAACCAUUUAUUAUCGCAAAGUUUCCCGAUGAAGAGAAUGGUGUGGCACUCAUACAUGAGAGCUGGUUAGACGGGGACAUCUGCUAUUGGCCAAAGGACACUGGAAAGAUUCAAUCCUUGGUCAAAAACGGUGAGCAGCCGACGUCCGAGUGGCGGCGACUUCGAUGCAUUCCCAUUGGAUGGUUUGCAUCAUAUGACCAUGCACGGAAGAGGCUUCCUGAGGCUGAGGAGUUGUCAGACCUCUACAGUGAGAUUGAACAGCCGAAGAGGCGGCGUAGGCGAGCCAGGCGCUAUAGCACGGACUCAGACUCUGAUGACAGCUACCAGUUUGCUGUAUCCUUACCACUGCCAUCGCCACCAGCAUCUGCCUCGCCGUUGCAUCCAAAGCAACGUCCUGAUCGUAACACAGAGCUACUAAACCGAUCAACUCUAUGUGGUACUCAAGACAGGAGCCACAACCAGGUCACAAAGGCCCGUCUAGAUCAGUUCAGGAGACACAAGACUGCCAGAUCAGAGUCAGCUCUUCAGUGCAGAGAUCCUCAAGCAAGUGACAGCGCCAUGCCAAGCUGUUCCACAGCAGGAAGUGAUUUCAGGGCAGGAACCCCCCAUUUUAGUGCUGCAACAGGGUUGGUGCCACUCCAAAAUGAGCCUCAGGCAACUCGUUCCGAUCAUGUCACUCCAAAUUUUUUCAAGGAGAUCUUGCGCCUACUGCACAUCAUCCAAUUCAAGCUGAAUGAACAUGCACUGAAGUUAGAGUUGCUAACCACCCUGGUCUCGAACAGCAACGACGAGAACAUUCUUGUCUCAGGCGAAUCCUUUGGGCCCUUCAAUGAACUCGCAACGUUUUUAGACUUUGAUGCUUCUGUGGCAAGCUCCGAAGAGAAAAAAAAAACGGCUGAUGGUCUCCUGGGGCAAGUACGGGGGUUCUUCUGGACCUGACAUGACAAGGAGAAUUCUCGUUGGACUGCUUUCCGACGACAUCGCUGUUCAGUACAGCUUCAAGGGGGGUAAAGGCAAGCGCAAGUUUAACGAACUCGCCUGCUGGGAAAUCAUUAAAGAAACUGUUAAAGCGCAGGGUAAGCUUUCUGGUGCCACGGAUUAUGAUGUCGAACAAACAGUUAAGUCAUGGUUGGCCCAUUCAAAGGAGAGACUGGACAAAGCAGCCAAAAAAGUUGGUAUGUCUGUGCCACCAAGCCCGACUGCCUAGCAUGUCUUCCGCAAGCAGGUAGCUCCAGAGAUUUUGGUGUUACUUCUUCGCCAUUAGCCCAAUACAGGAGCAGGUAGCUCCAGAGAUUUUGGUGUUACUUCUUCGCCAUUAGCCCAAUACAGGAGCAGGUAGCUCCAGAGAUUUUGGUGUUACUUCUUUGCCAUUAGCCCAAUACAGGAGCAGGUAGCUCCAGAGCGACAUCUUUGAAGAAUUUUUACGCCUAAGACGUUGUUACUAGUCAUACGUUUAAUAAAGCAACUUGGGAAAGAUC